UGCCACCUGACGUUAAAGUUCGCAGACGAGAAAUGGAGGCUGCGUGCGAGUUCGCGAUGUGUGCUGCGUGACUGCGAAUACACUUAUAUUACCGGCGAUAAAUCUAUCGCUGCGAUGACGAUUAAUACAUUGUGCGCUGCAUUUCGCAGGAUCGCAGUGGGCAGGAUAAAAGAACAAUACGGCCGGGGACAAAUUCAAAUAACAGGAAAUACAGAAUGGAUUUAGGAGAAGGUACUGUUACCGCCGCGAGAUACUCGACGCAUCGAUCAAACUGCAACGCGAAUGCGACUUCCCGCUCAACGUCAGGCGAUUACGGUGCGCGUUGUGGCGCCGGGUCGGCACACAGCAUCAAGUUUAUACCGGGAACACUUAACAUAGACUUCGGGAUGCCCGCGGGUGGGAGUUUAAUAAGAAAUAUUAUCGAAUCCCCUGCUAUUAAGAUUACCCCGUUGCGAGAGCCGGCGGAGCGUUUGCCCAUUCAAUACGACCCUCCCGUACCGGAAAGAUCUGUAGAUCUACCUACAAAUGGAAGGAUUGUUGAUAAACAGGCGGUGAACAUGCUGAGGAUCAGGCAUAAGAAAAUGAAGAAGCACAAGCGAAAGAAGCUGCGCAAGAAGAUGAAAUUUGUGUGGGCGAAGCUAAGGCUUAAGAGAGGCCAGAAGAGGGAGAAGGUGUUUCAAGCCGAUCUGAUUGCCCAAGUUAAGGAGGCGCAGGCGUUUGACGCUAAGGAGUAUGUAAACGAGAAACUAAAUAUCUUGAACAAGGAGAGACUACCGAGGACUUACAGAGGCGAGAUUCUGCCCCCUGAGAUGAUCAAGCAGUUUAUGGACGAGAGGAGGGCAAGAAAGGAAGCUAAACGUAACAAACCUCGUUUGACUCUGUAACUUGUAUACGAGUCGUAAUAAAACUUUGUUGAAAUUGUAA